GCCAGGGAAGCGGGCGGUGUUGUGCUGGGCAAGUCCGCUGAGAAGCUCUUCUCUCUGAGCGGGCUGUUUGCCGUCUACAAGCCCAAGGGCCCCACCUCGGCCGGCGUGCUCAACCUCCUGAAGGAGAAGCUGCUGGCAGUUCACAGCCAUGGCGUGGCCCAGGUUGGGGAAUGGAGCCAUUUCUGGACAUGUUCUGGCUCGCUGCAUGGAGCUGCUGCAUCCCUGCAAGGCUCAGUGUGUUGGUCACGCUACACGAAGCUGGUGUGCAAACAAAUGGGAACAAAAGAAACCAGGUUUUGAAAAUUGGACAUGGUGGAACUUUGGACAGUGCAGCGGCAGGAGUUCUGGUGGUUGGUAUUGGAAAAGGAACAAAAAUGCUGAGAACUAUGUUGGCAGGUUCCAAGAAGUACACUGCCAUUGGACUACUGGGCAAAGCGACUGAUACAUUAGAUGCUACAGGAAAAGUAACUGAAGAAAAACCUUAUGACCAGAUAACAAAAGGAGAUCUUGAAAACGUGCUGCAAAAGUUCACAGGGGACAUAAUGCAGGUUCCUCCACUCUAUUCUGCUUUGAAGAAGGAUGGAGAAAGGCUAUCAACUCUGAUGAAGAGAGGAGAAGCAGUCGAAGCAAAGCCUGCUCGGCGAGUAAGAGUGUACAGCCUCUCUCUCCAGCAGUUCCAGCCACCACUGUUCACACUGGAUGUUGAAUGUGGUGGUGGCUUUUAUGUCAGGAGCCUGGUCAGUGACAUUGGCAAAGAACUCUCUACCUGUGCCACUAUGCAAGAGCUGACCCGAACCAAACAAGGGCCAUUUACACUAGAGGAGCAUGCCCUUCAUGAAGACAAAUGGACAAUUGAUGAAAUUGCACGAUCCUUAGAGCAUUGCACGUCUCUUCUCCCGGAUGAGCCAUCUCAUAAAAAAUUGAAGACAGAGCAUCCUGGUGAAACUGCUGUGAGCUGUGAAGAUAAGUGAUAAGUUGAGCCAAGGAAAAAGACUGAAUGAUUGAGACAUUUUAAGAUUGGAUUGGGAUUGUCUUGCCUCCUGUGUAAAUUUACAAGUCUGUACUGGGAGGAUGACAAACUGCAGUGCAAGAAAAACGGUUCUUUUGUUUUCUGGGGUUGGAACAUGCACUGAAAAUAUCCAGUGCUUGCUGUUUUCUGAUCUGUUUAUUUUCCUUCUUGCACACUGUAAAUGGGUCUGCCACUGAUGUCAAAUCUUCAUAAACUUUUAAAGAACUUACUGGGUGCAAUACAGCUGUUGUUGCUAACUCCUCAAUAAAAAAUUAUAAACAUUAAGGUUUGAUAAACGUGCUCAAAAAAAAAUCUUUUUUUUCUUUAUAGCUGGUAAUCAAACCCCAAAAUACCAUGGUGACAAGACUAUCAUAGCUUGAAGGAUACAAGAAUGUGAUGUAGCAAUUUGCUUUCUUGAAAUCCAUUUCAGGAUAUGUCCAUUUUACUGUAGUUUUUCCUAUGCAGAUUGUUCUUUCAGCCUGACGUUAUCCAGAGUGCAUUAAAUGCAGAUGGUAAUGUUUUACGUUAAGUCUGAAAUAUCAGUGUAAGUGAAUAGUUUUAAGUAUAAACAAUCCCCAAAGAUAACUGAUAACAAAUGGUCUGAAGAGUGCAGCUGUCAUUACAGGUGUACAAGUCUUAUUCUGGUACAAUGUCCUGGUUGGUGACCACCCAUAAUUUAAAGCGUAGUUAACUGUUGUGCCCUUCAUGGAAUUACUUUCACCAUCUGUGUGUAUUGCUUGAGCUUUCUCCCAUGGAUUGGGUAGAAGGUUGAUGUGCUUCUGGGCUUUUACUGAUCUGGUCCUGACUAGAAGUUGUAUGGGCAACAGAGGGAUCCACCAUCAAGGAUCCUCACUGAAGCCAUUUUAAUUCACUGGGGCAGUGAGGGCCUGUUGUACAGCUCAUGUAGUCAGCAGAAUUUGAUUGCACGGAUUAUUUCUCACCACUGCUUCCCUUGGGAUUGUCAAAAUGACAAAAAGACAGUGGUUUGAGAAUGCAAAAAAGCACUGUAGUUUGUUUCCAUGUAUGUAAUGGACUAUCCUAAAAAGACUUCCCUGUGUCUCUCCAUACAAGUUAGUAGUGGCUCUCUUUAUCUCUUGUCAUAAUGAGGAACAUGAGGAGUAGUUUAAGCAUGUGAAUGAUAUCUGAGAAAAAGUCCUGCUUUUCAAAUUGUCACUGAAAUGUCACCAGAGAGGAACGGACUGGCUGCUGUUACGGUUUUAUGCUGCUGCUGGCCAAGUGGCCUGCUGUGGCUUUGUACAACUCCUGCGCAUUUGGGUUUUGGUUCUGGAGUACAGGGAUUUGACUGUCUUACUCUGAGUGACUGAAUGCUGUACAGCCAAGAGGUGGUGCUUAUAUUAGGGUGUAACAUUUACAGAAAGACAUGAAAAUUUGAUUUAAUACUCUGUGUUAAUGGACUUGCUACUUUCCAUGGUAAGUUAUCUUUGUAGCUAAUUACCUCUAUUGCUUAGAAGUAGUUGUGUUUUGUUCCGAACUUGACUUGAAUCUCCACAUGCUGCAUUUUCUGUCUUUGUCUGCACCUUACAAAAAGUAGUUUCUCUGUGUGCUGGUGUUAAAUGACAUGAGCAAGUUCCCAGCCUUACUUUCAACCGAAGAAAUGAAAUAAAUACCUGAAGUUUCUCAUUGCAGGAUACCUUUCCAGACAUCUGUAGUGGUUUUUUGUUUUCUAUAGAAUAAGAAACUGAAGUCUAUGCAAAAUUAAUGAAGCUUUUGUUUAGAGAGAGGAUAGAGUUUAUGCUUUAUUGUUCAGUAAAUAGUUACUUUUCUUUUGUAUAUUCUUAUAAAGAACUUAAAGGAAACACUGAAAAUAUCACAAGCAAAUUGAAAUAUUAGAGCACUGUAGCAGCAGCACAUUCAAUGUACAAUAUGGAUGAAGUAAGCGUUGCUAGAAAUUUUGAUUUCAGAGAUGGGAGAAAAGACUUGUGUUCAGUAAGAGAACAGUGGGAGAUUUUAGUUGUUUCUUUUCAGGUUGUGGUUUUUUGGUGCUUUGGAUAGGAACAGAGAAGAAAGAGAUUAUUUUCUCAAGAAAUCAAAUAAAGCAGAAAAUGUCAUUUUCCAGUAUACUUAUCUUGAAUUAUCAAAGACUUUGAUUGAAACACAGCUUCUCUUAUUGUCUAAAUCUCUGUUUUUCCAAGAACCUAAUUUAUGUUAUCCCAGCGGUCUUCUAGAUUAAGUUCUCAUUUUAUUUAUCUUUCUGAUUUUUUAAAAAUAGCCUUGUAGAUAUAAUUCUGUUAGUCUGCUUGCUUCAUCUACAGGGAUUUGUUUCUUCAAAAAUUAGUGCAGUUGAGAAAUCUUUCUAUUAAUAGGGUACAUUUGUAUACAGUGUUAUAAGUGUCUAGCACAUUUUUUAUCUCAUCUGUUUGUUUAAUGCUCACCAUGGCUCUCUUGCUAUUCCAUGUAAGACCUCCUGAUACUUUUAAUUUCAAAUGGAGAAUUAUAUUUUCAUCAGCUUUUAGGUUAGCUUGCAACUGGUCCGUUGUAGUUGCUGAUAACGGAUCUGUGAUCCUGAGAAGACAGGAUCUGUUCCAUAGCCUAGUCACUCAAGAGAAAUGACAUGGCAAUCAAAAGAAAGCCUCCGAUUGACAUCAGCAAGUUCUGGUUUAGACUCUAAAUCCUAAUGCAUAUGGAAAGCAUAGGGAGAGUUGUAGCUGUGUAAUAAUAAUGCAAUUCAUUAUAUAUAUUCAUUAAUAUAUAUAUUCAUUAUAUAUAUUCAUUAAACAUAAUGCUGUUGAACACGUGCAGGAAUCCGCAUAAGGUGCGUAGAUAGUGUUUCUAAACUGGAGGUAUCUUUCAGUUUACAAAUGCACCUUCCUACAAUGCUUUUAUUCCUCUGCAGCCAGUAGACAGACUUACACCGGCCCUAACUAGACUUCUUUUUUCCUGGGAUUCCUCUCAUCUUCCCCAACACUAGGUUCUGUCACAUUCAGAAAUAAAGGCAGAACUUCUUUAUCUCAAAUUAAUAACGAAUUUCUCCCCACAUAACUUCUAUUGAACUAUAGAAGCUAUGUCGCUUACAAGUUGAGUAGUGAGGGCGUCUGUCUGUAGUGGUAAAUGGCUGGAGAGCACGCAAAACAGCAGAUAGCUCUUCUUGGAAGACACAGUGUAAAGAAUGCAUAAAGUCGUGAACAAAUUACACAAUAAAGGCUUGUUUUAUUACCACUGAUGAGUGUCAGCCCCAUUCCAGCCCUAAAAAGCUGUGCUAGUUUUUCAAACAUUCAGACCCCUCUGGCUGCUUCCCAGUGUCUUUCCUGGGUGCUCUUUCCCAGGUGCCCCUCUGUUUUAAUGGGUCUCUGCCCCUUGAGCCAUUAGUCCCGAUGGAAAGUAACCAGGAAGCCACUGAAAAAUCUAGGAAUGGCUUUUUUAGAUAUGUUUUAAUAAGUGUUUAACCCAGUAUCUUGAAAUUAUCUAGAUCUGGAAGUAAGUGUUGUGUUCCCAUGGGAACGUAGGGAAAUACUUAUUUUAACUUCUUUAUUCUUAUUAACAUGCACGUCCCUGAGAUACCAGACUUCAGAACUGUGCCAUAUCCUCAGAAAAAUGUAGGCUUUUUCCAGAACAAAAUAUCCUGUGAUCCUGGAUCUUGAUUACUGACAGUCAUGGUUUCUCAACAUUAAGGGCUAUUUAGAGUGAGGGGAAAAGCGUCUAUACAAUAUUUCUGAGACUAGUAGAAGCGUUACUACCAAGUGCCCUGCUGAGACAAACGGUAGUUAAUAGGAAUUUUAUGCUACUCUGGCCAGAAAAUAUGCAUGUCUUUGUGAAUUACCAUUUAAAAUAUAUCCGUGACACAGACUGAAAGAUUUGCCUCAUUUUAAUGAGCAUUGUUCGCGGUCAAAGUCCUGGUAGAAAAGAGUGUCCUGCUUUUUUGAGCUGAAUAUUGUCUGUCUUGAAUUUGGCCUUGGGAUCUUUAGUCCCCAGUAGUGCGCUACCCUGCUCUGGUCCUGAGUCUGCGUCCAGUGCUGGUGCUGCUUCAAGGAGAUUGACAAGGGCUUCAUGAUUUGUUUGCUUCUAAUGUCUCUGCCUGGCUGGCUCUCUUUCUUCCUUAUUUAAAUGGUAGUUUUUCUGUGCACUUCAUAAUAUAUUUCUGCUGCCAGCACGUUGAGCACUUUUAAAAUGUUUUUUAAGCAAAAUCAAUAGGAUCUUUUUUUUUUAUAUAUUAAUCAAGUCUGAGCCAUUAGCAAAAUAUUCUAGGAGUGUCUUCAUCAAUAACUAAGCAUUUAGCAUCUUACUGUGCAGUUCUGGUUUUGAUUUAUAUGUUUAUUAGAAGAAAAUAAAGUCAAACUUUGAAUAACUCUCCAAAUCUUGAGAUACCUUAGGAUUUUAUUUUUUAGUGUAAUAGGUGGUGAAGUUGCUAUGCUGGGCAUGAAUGGCUCUGAGACUUUAAUGGCUAGGGUCAUCCUGUUUGCUUGGCAGAGUCAAGGAAUCGGUUGGCAACACUAUUAAUUUUAUUAUUAGGGCUCAGAGAGACAAAGCCAGAGUGUGUGCGUGUGUACGUGAGAGCGUGACUACAAUACGUACAACCAGAGGGACGCUGUAGAGACAGUGACUGGGUUCAGCCAGCCUGGGCAAAAUUACUGUCCCUAUUAAAAAGCAGUCAUUGUUUCUAAUAGCUAUGGGUUUAAUUUGCUUCUUUGUGAGACCUGAUUAAGUAAAUCACCAAUACUUAAGAGGAUGUCAAACAAGCAGGUUUAUCAUCUGGUUGCUUACGUCUCCACUCUGGGUGAUGGGAUGGCACAUCUUUUCUUACUGUCUCUGAGAUCAACUGCUAAGGUUGUAUAGGUGUUUAACUGGCAAAGCAAGAAGUUGGUAAUUGGGAGCGGAUGGUUUCAGUGCUCAGGACAAAAAAUGGACUAUUAUUGCAAUAAGAAAACCAUAUUUUUUUCCAGUUCUGUUUUUGGGGAACUGUUGGAGACACUGCCAUGUCUCAGAGAAGGUAUUAGCAUCGCUGCCUGAGAAAAGCCUAACGUUUUUGUUAUGGGUGUGAAUGUGUUGGACUUUAAUCCUCUUCCCUCCUCACCUCUAGUUCAAAAAAGUGGGGUUAAAUCAAAGCGUCAGCCUCUCCCUGAUUUUUCCAUGUCACAUUGCUGUGUCUGUGGUGGAUGCUGAGACAAUCCUAUGCUCAAACUCUGGGCUGUAAAAGGGCUUGUGUGGCUUGGCCCAGAAGUUAACAGUAACUGGGAAUGAGUAGGACGAGAAAUGAGGCCAUGGAAUUUGUAGUAUAAACACAAAGCAGCCUUCAUGUACUCAUCUUAAGUGACAGCUCUGUGCCUGGCCUGUCCACUUUGCAUCCCAUUAACUUUUCUACUCGUGGAGGCACUUCAUCCUAGGACUCUCUCAUCCUCUCUUUUGAAUUCCUUUCCAGGUACGUGUUGGCCUUGGGAUAGUGUGGAGCAAAAAUGCUGUGUAGUUUUCUGGGGGGACAGGAAAGCUGGUGACAAAAUAGAACUCAAAAGGAUCAAGUGUGUCUGGUCCGUUUCUUACCCUGACCCUUCCGUGAGAAAGGUGCAGUUCUGAAUGCUUUAGUGCCAUUUCUCUGGGACAUAGGAUUAUUUUAGAUAUUUCAGAAUUAAGUACUUCAAAGUCAAAUCUGCAGCUGAGUGCAUGCAUUAAAAACAAAAUACAUCGUCUCACAGAUGUCACGCUAGUUUUAACGGCAUCAGAACAUGAUUUUACAGCUUAAAAGGAGGGGGGUAGAAAAGGAAUGGCAAGAGGUAAACGCAUUUUUGAAAUAGAUGAACUCAUUUUAGGUAAUCAUGUAAGAAAAUACAUUAAGUACUCUAAUGGAGAAAAGCUACAGAGAAAGGACAUAAUUUUUACCACCUUUUCUGUUUCUUUUAGCAAAUAAAACAAUUAGCUUAAAUACAUCAUUUCAAAGCUUAAGAAGCUUUUAUGUGGAAAUGCAUGAGAGGUUGUUACUGUAUGCUGAUGUGAAAAAAGGCAUUUAUUUUCAUUUCAGCAGCUGAAAAGAUAGUCUUCAAUGAUGCCCUUCAAAAGGCAGUGUUUUGUUUUGUUUAUAUUGAAUUGCCGUAAAUCCUUAGCAUAACUUAUUCUUUUGUGGGUGGAAUGUUCAUGUUAAAUCAUUUCCCGCGGCUGGCUUUCCGAGGGGUCAACAAAACUGUUUCAGGUUCUGCAGGUACAUAGUACACAUUCCCAGUCUAAAUGGAACAUUGUGUACAAACAAUAAAUAUAUUUAGAAAACAAGAUUAAUUCUCUGUAAUCUUUGCUACGCAGAUUGCUCUUUCAGUAACGUGUUAUCCAGGCUGCUUUAAACCUGGCCGCUGCUUUGCUGCAUUGCUUUGUGUACAGCUGCUUCUUACUUUAUACUCUUGAUUUGACAAAGGGCACUGGCAGACUCUGUUGAUUUCUUCUCCAGGUGAUUAAUUUCACCCCACUGCUGCUCCUACACAGAGAGAUUACUGGCUUUAACUUCUGUAUUUACUAGCUAUGAUUUCCUAGGACUGUGCUCGGCGUUAGCAGAGAGAAGCGCGUGUCCACCUCACCUGGCCCAUUCAUAGUCUGGUACGUGGAAUUGUCGUCGACGGUGCAAAUUUUGUGCCAAUAAACCAGACUGCUAGGAGAAGACCAUAUGUCUCAUCGUGUUGCUGAGCUAACCUCCAGCAAAAGACAGAGUGGGCAAGUAAGAGGGGAUAGUAAAGUUCUAGUGCUCCUCCCUCCAAGCAAGAGUGGGUGGAAAAUGUCAGCGAGGUGUAUGGGUAUGUAGCUAAUUUAAAGCAUGGGAUUAUUUCUCUUGACCGCAAUGAGAGGACUCCUGCCCUUUGUUACUAAGUUAUCUGAAGUAUUACUCACUGAAUUAAGGCCUUGUGUGUUUCGUUUUCACCUAUCAUGUUUUUUUGUCGUUUUUUUUUCCUUUUAUUUUAGUAAUGCAAACUGAUGGAUUGAAAAAUUGUAUUUCUUUUUACAAGAGGAAAAAAAGACAGAGUAAAAUAAAUAUUAAUGGUGUGGCACAACACUUAGAGUUGUUCCACAUCUAAUGAAUAUGUAACAGUUCUAUUUUCUGCUUAAAAACAAACACACAAAAAAUGUCAAAAUAGAAUUAAUGUUAUUUUUUAAAAAAUGUGUUAAUCGAGGAAAUGCAUUUCUCCAGAGAGUGCUAUUAAAGACUGCAGAAUG